UGUCUAACAUGCCUACAAACCGCCUUUAUACCUGUAAUUGUCUUCUUCUCUGUGUAUAUCUUUUGCCAACACAGACAGUCACUAAAACUGAGCAUUCAUGACAACAAAAAGCUUCGUGUUAUACCUUGUAGCAUGUUCCUCCGCCGCCGUCUUAACGGCGGUACUCAUCGCCGGUCACGACAGUCACAAAAACAAUCAUCUAAUCAACCAUCAUUCUCCGAACUCCGGCAUUCUUAAUUCCGAUGAUCAAAUAUGGCCCGAAUUGGCGUUUAAUUGGAGAAUUAUGUUGGCGACAUUGAUCGGUUUUUUGGGAUCUGCGUUUGGAACGGUUGGCGGCGUUGGUGGCGGCGGUAUUUUUGUUCCUAUGCUUACGUUGGUUGUUGGGUUUGAUACUAAAUCGGCGGCUGCUCUUUCCAAGUGUAUGAUAAUGGGGGCAUCAGCAUCAUCAUUUUGGUACAAUUUGAGAGUACAACAUCCAUGCAGAGAAGUACCAAUUUUGGAUUAUGAUUUGGCACUCUUGUUUCAGCCUAUGCUUAUGCUUGGAAUCACACUUGGUGUUGCUCUUAGUGUUGUUUUUCCUUAUUGGCUCAUCACUGUUCUCAUCAUCAUCCUAUUCUUAGGGACUUCUUCAAGGUCUUUCUUUAGGGGCAUUGAAAUGUGGAAGGAAGAAUCGAUACUGAAGAAAGAAAUGGCUAAAUCGCAAGAAACGUUUGCCAAUUCUCGAGGAGAACUUUUAAUAGACACUUUAGAUCCUUUGAUUCCAAAAGAAAAGAAAACUCAAAAGGAGGUAUUUAUGUUUAACUUAAGGUGGAAGAAGCUUAUGCUUCUGGUAGCUGUAUGGGCUGCCUUUCUAGUUCUUCAAGUCAUCAAGAAUGAUUUAGUGGCUUGCAGUACAUGGUACUGGGUAUUCACAGUUGCACAGUUCCCUGCAACCCUAGCAGUGUUUGGGUUCGAGUGUGUUAAGUUGUAUAAAGAAAGCAAAAAGAGAAAAAGCUUGGGGAACACAGAAUCUGUUUGUGAGGCCACAAUUAACUGGACAGUGCCCAACCUUAUAUUCUGUGCUCUUUGUGGGAUCUUGGGCGGCACCGUUGGCGGUCUUUUGGGGUCCGGUGGUGGCUUUAUUCUCGGCCCACUCUUACUAGAGAUCGGUGUCAUACCACAGGUGGCGAGUGCGACAGCUACGUUUGUGAUGAUGUUUUCAUCGUCCUUAUCCGUGGUUGAGUUUUAUUUGCUCAAGCGGUUUCCUAUCCCUUAUGCAUUAUACCUAAUGUCGGUAUCGGUUUUAGCUGGUUUUUGGGGUCAAUUCUUUGUUAGAAAACUAGUUGUGUUUCUAAAGAGGGCUUCCAUCAUUGUCUUCAUUCUUUCUGCUGUCAUCUUUGCCAGUGCUCUUACAAUGGGGGUUAUUGGUAUUGAGCAAAGCAUCAGGAUGAUCCACAAUCAUGAAUUCAUGGGGUUUCUUGAUUUUUGUAGCAACCAAUAAAAUGUUUAAUAUUGCUCAAACGAAGUAUAUUAAUAGUUAUGGCAUUUCUUCAUGUACAAGUUUUGUUAAAGCCAUUUGUUGAGAGGGGCUUUAGUUAGGCCAAUGUCACUGUAACUUGGCAUAUCAACCCUCAAUGAAUGCAGUUGUUAUUCGGGUUUACGAAUGAGUAUCGGAUCUUUGGGGUCGAAUAAAGAAAGGUAGUUACUA